AUGCACAAGCGAAUGCACAAGCGAAUGCACAAGCAAAUGCACAAGCGAGUGCACAAGCGAGUGCACAAGCGAGUGCACAAGCGAAUGCACAAGCGAAUGCACAAGCGAAUUCACAAGCGAAUGCACAAUGAUUCUAACAUAUUGGCCUCUGAAGUUACAAACAUCUUCUGCACAAAAGGUUUGAUGCAGUUUUUGGGGAACUUCUAA